GAGCACCAUUUGCGUGUCUGCAGUUUCUUCCCAUCUUCUUCGUCUCUAGCUGUGUCUGUUUGCUUUGUGAGAGUGAAGACAGUAAACUAAGAGAGUAAUUAUCAAGUGAUUCACCAUGGGAAGAGCUCCAUGUUGUGACAAAGCUAGUGUCAAAAGAGGGCAAUGGUCUCCUGAGGAAGAUGAAGCUCUCAAGACUUACCUUGAGACUCAUGGAACUGGUGGCAAUUGGAUUCAUCUGCCUCAAAAAGCUGGGCUUAGGAGAUGUGGGAAGAGCUGCCGUCUGCGGUGGUUGAACUAUCUGAGGCCAGACAUCAAACAUGGAGGCUUCACUGAAGAGGAGGACAACAUUAUCUGUAACCUCUACACUCAAAUGGGAAGCCGAUGGUCAUACAUAGCUGCUCAAAUGCCUGGAAGAACAGACAAUGAUGUGAAGAACUAUUGGAACACCAAAUUGAAGAAGAGGUUUUUUAGCAAAAACUCAAAUGCCUCCUCACUCACACUGCCUUGUGUUCCAAAACUUGAAACCAAUGAUGAGUUUCAGACCCAAAUACCUCCCACAUUGAUGUUAUCUGAUUAUAAUUCUGGAUUGAAUGCCUAUGAUCAAAGUUUGAGCUUAAAGCCAAAUCCAUUACACAACUCCAAGCUCACGGGUUUAUCACAAUUUGGUGCAAGUUCUGUUUCAAUGUCUCAAGAUGGUUCGAGUGUUUCAGAUUCGUCUUCAAUUGCUGCAGUUGACAAUGGUUUACUACAUGGAAAUAGCUUCAUAAAUGAGGAUGCUGCUGGGAUAUCAAUGGAUUUUGGAUUUGGAGGAUUGCCUUAUGAUGUUGUCAAUCAGAUGUGGUUUGGAGAAAAAGCCAAUGAAGUUGUUCACCCCACUUGCUCCACAAGUUUGGAUGGUGAUUUCUUUUUCUGCUGAUGCUACUGUUCAAGAAAAACACUGAAUCAAAAUGAAAUGCUCAUCUUCAACCGUUUGAUAGUGAGAAAGAAUGGGGAGUAAAAACUAAUCCAAUAGCUAGCUAUAGGAAGGUCUUAUUUAACCUUUUGUUUAAAUUAGUUUUCUCUUGGUUCUGUUGAACAUGAUGUACAUCAAAAUUUCAAUGAAUGAGUAGUGCUAUUGUGAUUAUGAACAAGUAUUCCUCCUUUACUCUGUGCUUCUGUG